AUGGCGCCCCAUCUUCCCCAAGAGAUAUUAUAUUUGAUCGCAGACCAUCUGCAGGAAGAAGAAGCCUCUCUGGUUCCGUGUACUCGGGUAUGCCGUCAAUGGCAGGUCGGCUUUGAGCCCCUCAUUUACUCUGAACUGAUCCAUGUCUUCAGCGCCGAGGACGUCAGCGGAGAAGACCAUGAAAGGGGAAUGUCACUGAGUCAUUUCCAAAAAGUAACCUCUGGGGAUGGGCUUGCACGACGACCUCUGAUCCGUCGCUUGUGCUAUCAUAUCGUUGUCCCUAUUGACCUCCAAGAUUGGAAAACCCGCAAGUACAAAGGAUACACCCUUGAAAACGAUGUCCGUCAGAAUAAUGAUGUUGCUUUUCACUCGGCAAUAGUCGAUCUCUUCAACACUCUCACAGAUUGGGAUCCUAGUUUGCGCCUUUCAAUUGAGUUGGAGCUGCUGGGUCGCGAAGUGGGAAAGGAGCCUUAUACAUGGGAUUUCGACGAUGCAGGCGACUACCGCUAUGAAUAUAAAAAGGGAAGAACGAAGUCAGUUCCUGUCUAUCGGGCACAUUUUCUGAACAACGGGGCCUCUCUUCUCCCGGAUGUCGCGUGUAUCGAUCGUCUUUGCUUUCAUGAUGAUUUCCCUUCUCAUCAAAUUUGGGUCGGAUCUGCUAUGCAAAUUGCUCAGCACUGUACAACCCUUACAGAGAUGAUGCUGGGCCUAGAUGAAUAUAUUCGCCCUGAUCACAUUGAAUACAUUCAAGCAAGGCGUCAAGCUGUGGCUGACGGUCUUUUGACAAUGCCACAUAGCUUGAGGGUAUUUAGGCUUCUUAACCAGAGGGAGAGCCCUUGGAAGGAAAUGAUGACUGGUUUGAAAGUUCUACUUUCAGAUCAUGACUUUCUUUCUCAGAACAUUUUGCAUUUGAGCCUAUCACUUAGAGAAUUGAAGAUUAACAAGCUAUCGCUCACACCAGACUUCCUGUUUCCUCUAGAUACAGAGAGCCAUCCCUUACCGACUACUCGAUCUCUCUACUGGCCUUCAUUAGAAGUCAUAGAGCUGACACGUGUGGCUCCAUGGCUUCCAUCAGGCCAGUGGGUUGCUCAUCCAACACGCGAGGACCAAAUCGAAAUCGAUGAAGUCGAAGACUGGGAGAUGAUCAUUUGUGACUUAGAAGAAGGCACUAUUGAUCGGCCAAUUUUCGAUCGCGAACAUUUUCACCGAACUCUCAUUUCCCUAGGCUAUGCAGCUCGUCAUAUGCCAUGUUUGAAGUACAUGCAAUAUCAUCUCGACCAUAGAACUCACUUUCGAUUCGAAUUUAAGCCCCAUGGCUCGUCUGGGAAGGCAGAGUGGAUGCUUUAUUCUCACUAUCGACCGAAUCAACAGGUAAUGGAUGUGUGGGAACGUCCAUUAGUAGGCUCGGAGCUAGAUGCGAAGUUACCUGCAACGUUGAUCAGGACAACUAUUGCGGACUGGUAUUAA